AUGGAAGAGCCAUUUGUUCAACUCGUCAACGAAAUAAAGACGGAGCUAACAGAAUCAGCUUCACAAUUAUCGCGACUGAAGCUGUGUAACUCCGCAAAAUGGUCUGCAGAAGCGCUGUGGGGGAUGUGCGAAGUUGAGCCUAUGGCAAGCCUCGCUGGCUCUUCAAAAAUGGAUGAGUCGCCAUUGAGAAGUAGGUGUAAUACAGGAGCUAUCCUAUCACAAGAAUCACCGGAGAAAGCCGGUCCCAGUCUGGAUAGCAACGAAUACAAUCAAUAUUUACUAGCGUCGACGCUUUUUGACUGUAAAGAAUUCGAUCGGUGCGCAUAUUUUCUGGCUGACAGCUAUCAUCCUGAUCUGCUAUUCUUGAAGCUCUACAGCAAGUUUCUCUCGUGGGAUAAGAAAAACCAGGAAAGCGUGGAGAACACGCUGACAGCGAAGGACGUAAAGGGCGUCCAUGGCAUUGGUGGUGUCAAUAGCGAAAGUAAAGGCAGAGACAAAAUUGAAAGGCUUCGUGAUCACGAAGCCGGAGACAAUAGGCAUUCGAAAAAAUCUGCGGAUCUCGACAAUGGCGAGUCCACUUGCGUGGCGACGAUAUUAAAAGAGCUCAAUCAAUACUUAUCCGAGAACCGAGAAGGAUAUGAAAAAGAUGUUGGCGUAGGAUUUGCUCUAUUGCAUUAUUUAAGAGGGCUGCUUUACAAGUUACAGGAUAUUCCAUCCAACGCUAUCAGCUCGUUUUUAACUUCGCUGUCUCUUUUCCCAUACAACUGGGCAUGCUGGACUGAACUGAUCAGCUGCAUCUCGCGCUCAGACGAAUCACUGCUGCUAUUGAAGGUCCUUAAUGAAAAGCUUACCUCCGAAAAGUCACAAAUAAUGCUCAAGUUCUUCAAAUUAUCAGUCUUCCAAGAAUUCAACGGCAAUAUCGACGACUUUAUACAGGAGCUAGACUACCUGCUUUCAAUCUUUCCCCGAUUUGCAUUCUUGAAGACCCAACAUGCUCUAAUCAACUAUCAUUACAUGGAUUACGUGAGUGCCGGCUUGAUUUUCGACCAGAUCAUAAAGCUUGAUCCGUAUCGUCUGGACGACAUGGAUACAUACUCAAACAUCCUGUAUGUGAUGCAGAAAACGUCAAAAUUGGCGUAUCUUGCCCAGUUUGCUUCAGGGGUAGACAGAUUUCGGGCAGAAACCUGCUGCAUAAUUGCUAAUUAUUAUAGUGCCAAACAAGAGCACGAGAAGUCCAUCAUGUACUUUCGCCGUGCACUAACACUUAAUAAGAACAGCACGAGCGCUUGGACUUUGAUGGGACAUGAAUUUGUCGAGUUGAAAAACUCUCACGCUGCAAUCGAAUGCUACCGGCGCGCUGUCGACAUUAAUCCACGAGACUUCAAAGCUUGGUAUGGGCUAGGUCAGGCAUAUGAAGUGCUAGACAUGCAUCUAUACUCAUUAUACUACUUCCAGAGAUCUUGUGCGCUCAAGCCGCUCGACAAGCGAAUGUGGCAGGCGCUGGCGAGCUGUUAUGAAAAGGUUGACAGUAUCGAUGAGUCUAUCAGAUGCUACUCAAGGGCACUGCAAUUAUCUCUCAACAGCGACCAGGACAUUUCGAUUCUCUACCGACUUGCCGUCCUCUACGAACAGCUUCAGGAGGUUGUCACUUGUAGAGACUUCAUGGCAAGGUGCGUAGAAGCACAGCAGCAAUCGGAUGGAUUGAUUAGUGAUGAAAUCACGAAAGCUAGCCUCUGGCUGGCUAGACAUGAAGUAAAAAACAAAAGAUUUGCAGAGGCAUAUAAGUAUGCGCUCAAAGUGACGCAUGGAUCUUCUCAAGAAAUAGAAGAGGCUCGUGCAAUCGCUCGAGAGUGUAGAAGGCGAAUGGAUUAG